CAUUUCAUGGCAGGCGUUUGACGCAUUUGUUAAAAUUUCGACUUUUCGUGACAGCACGUCAUUUUCGACAUUUGAUUGAUAAUUUUCUAAAGAUCCAUCAAAUUAGUUUGUUUGAAAGUUAGUUUAGGUUCGAAAUGUUAACAUUUCAUUAGCUUUAUAGUUUUAUUACGAUGUGAUAUAGUGGGUACCAUUUUAGGUUGUAUCUAGGUAGUCCAUAAUGACUGCUCAAAAGUGUGUAGUGGAAGGUUGCAACUUGGAGUACGACGUUGUUUGCAGCUUUUCCUUCUACAAUGUAAACACAGGGUCCGAUAGCGAGCCAAUCCGGCAAGAAUGGAUCGAGGGUGCUAUGCAGGAGGAGAGCGAGUGUCUAUGGCGCCAUGUCAGUCUACAGCUGUGCGGGUACCACUUCGAGCUGGACGCACAAGGGCUAUGGAUCGACUCCCCCAUGCUGCCAGAGCUCCUCACUCUUCAGGAGCAGGUGGCUCCCAUCACACCGACUGCCCAAGAUAAGAGAGGCCGGGACCCGUCUGGCGGCUUCCAAGGCCUAUUCGAACGAUUCAUAGGCAGGAACUCUAAAGCCGCUGACAUAAUCCGGAUGGAACAUAACUACAGCGAGGAGCCUCCGAAGCAGGACCCUCCGGAAAACGUCUCCAGGCUGAAUGUUCGCCAGCUGGUUGACACACUUGGCUAUUUAUCUCUAAAGAACCUGCAACGCAAGCAGUUGUGGGUGGUGAAAGUGGAGACGGACAAGGCUGAAGCUUCCAUCACACAAGCGGAGCAGGUCAUCGCCAAGAUGCAGGAUCCUAAGCAGAUCAUUGAGAUCAUACCACAACCCCAGGCGGAAACGGAAGACCAACCAGCCCAGAACGAAGUCAGCAUCAUGGAGGAGUCCACCAUCUCCGACAACUUCAUUUAUGAGAUAGCUGAGGAACAGGAGAUCACUAUGGAUGAGGUGAAAGAGAUCCCAGCGGAGACGAACAAGGAAUGGAUGGUGAACAUAAUACCUGAAGAGAACAAGCCUAAAUACGCCUACAUCAAGCACUGUACCACCGGCAAGAAGAAGCGACACUUCACCGCGGAAAUGAACGAAAUUACUCUGCAAGGCGACUACGAAAACUACUACAUCCUCCCCGACGCGGACCCGUCCGUGGGCGUCGAGAUCACGACCAGCUACGAACCGGACAACUAUAUAGUCGAGGAGUACGAGCACCUGGUGCUGGAAGACCGCCCUCGCAAACGCAAGGACACGCCCGGGGAGAGUGGGAGGAAGAAGAAGAAGCGGCUCAGCUCUUCUAUGAGGGAACAGGUAAAACAAAUAAAAUCAGAAAUCGCCGAAGACUGGGUGAUUGAUAACAGCAUAGUGUACGAGCAGGAAGAAGAAUACGACGAGAAAAAGGGAUCGCCGCGCGUGCGCCGGAAAAAUAAGAAAUACCUCGGAAAUAAACUAACAUAAAACAAAUUGGACCUACGUUGAUAUAACACUUAUGUACGGUAAGAAAUGGUUAAAGUCGGGUUAUUGGGGCCCACAUUGUAUGUUUUAGUUAUCAAACCGAACUUAUUGAUUCAGGGUUCGAAAGGAUAAUUAUCAAUGAUAGUUGUCUUGAUAAUUAUCGUGAUUUUUAUCGAUUUGAUAAUAACCUAAAAUAAUCAAUAUUAGGUCAGUUUUUAUUUGUACAUAGAAAAAGACGCCCCCAAUCAUUAUUUUUUACUAUCAAAGAAUUCGAAGAAAAUAAAUAUAGCACCAUCCAUACCUGGGAUAAUUAUCCGAUAUUUAUCUGAUAAUUAUCGCAAUAAUUAUCAAACACUAGAAUUGUCUGGAUAAUUUCGAACCCUGUUAUUGAUUGUAAUAGAUAUGUAGUUUAAAAAAGAAUCAUGUUUUGAGUGUGUCAACUGACAAAGAUGCUACUGCGCCAUGUUUUCUGGUCACUGAAUAAUCAAAAAACGUUUUUUUCACACCGAAUAAUAUAUAGCGCCGUAAAGCGCCAUCUACAUUAGCUGUCACAUUAAGCAUGUAUUUAUCUUAAGCUUUAUACACCUAUAGUAUUUUUCAAAUAGCGUGGGUACGGUGACAGCUGUCAUCUCCAUACAAUUUACACCACAUCGGUGGCAAACAAGCAUACGUCCCGCCUGAUGGUAAGCAGUCACCGUAGCCUAUGGACGCCUGCAACUCCAGUGUAACGUGCGCGUUGCCGACCCUUUAAAAACCUGUACACUCUUUUUUUGAAGAACCCCAUACUGUAGCCCCUCGGGAAAACCUCGGAAGGGAGACAACUAAUAACGUUAAGCCUUAAAACGCAAAAUACAAAAUAUCUAAUGAGAUGACAGCUGUCACCGUCCCCAAACUAUGUGAAAAAUACUAUAGUAGGUAUAGUAGUCAUCAGAUAUAUUGGAGCGGCCAGGGUGCUCACAAAUAUCUAAACACGCUUGUAUUGUCAAGGCGCUAGAGUGCGUGUUCAGAUAUUUUUGAGCACCUCGGCCUCUACGAUAUAUCUAGCGACCGUUACAAUCAUUAUUUGAUAUGAAUGCACCUUUAGAAUUAUUUAGUGUAAAAAAACAUAAAAUCGCUACAGUAUGUAAGUGUGUAUGUUGUAUAUUGGAUGAAUUUGUAUGAAUGCCUACCUUGUCAGUUUUUAUCUACUAUAAUAUUUUUUACAUACAUUGUGUACGGUGAGAAUUGUCAUCUACAUACAAUUUAUAUCCUUAAAACGCAAAAUUGUCAGCUGUCACUGUACCCAAGCUAUGCGAGACGUGGUAUAACUUGUACUUUAUGUACUGAUAAUAAUUUUGUGCAAUAUGAUAUUUAAAAGUAAUUCAUAAACAUAACGAUUAUGUCCGAACACUCAACAUUAUAUAUCAUAAAUAGGUAUUGUUUAAAUUAUUUUAUAUCAACAUGACGGACUUAUUUCUAAAAGUUCAUCUAAGAUUCAUACACUUUAUUUUUCUUUAAGAUCAAUGACAUCAAAAUUGACAAUACAUUAUGUGAAGUUGUGUAUUCAUUAUUUUAUAUUUAUAUGUAUGUGUCCCAUAUAUAGAUAACCUAUAAUUUUAGCGUGGUUCACUUUUGUAUGGAUUGACACUAACGCAAAAUUUUGUUAAGUAGAAAUUAAAUUACCAACUAGUUUGGCUUGUAAACUGAGUUUUUAUCGAAUAUAACAUAUAAAAAAUUAAAACAACAUUUUAAUUGUCAUUUCUGUAUAACCCGCUUAAUACGAUUUUACACGAAAUACGACAUUUUACACGUUUUCGUUUUUUUUGGUAAAAAAAGCGGGUUUUACUGAUUCGUUUUUAUACCUGGCUUGUAGAAGUUUUUCAUUUUAUAUGAAAUAAUAUAUAUAGGGUAAAUCGUCAAUUACUGGCCACCUUACACAAAGAAUGAAUUUUAUUCACCUAUAAAUAUAAUUAAUUUUAGUAUAAGGUUUCAAUAACUAGCCACUUUAUACUAAAAUGAAUUCUGUUAUAGUUGAAUAAAAUUCAUUUUUAGUAUAAGGUGGCCAGUUAUUGAUCAGUGGCCACUAAUUGACGAUUUACCCUACAUGUCGUAAUACUAGAUUUUUUUUUUAAUUCUGCCUAAACCACGGUUUAUUUUCUAAAUUAGUGUAAAAAUCUAGUAAACCCAUGUUUUUUAAAUAAAUCAUUCAGUUUGUAAUUAUGAGGAUGUGGACGCGUUGACUAUUCCACAGACCAUAUAAAGAACUAGACACCUCAAGUGUCUCACGUUUCAUUGUACACACUGAUCACCACCCAGGCCCACACGAUUUGUCAGAUGAUUGUUGGUAAAAUUGAAAAAGCCUCAGUACGCCGUUUAUUAAAAAAAAAAAAAACAUUUUUAAAUAGCUCUCGUUAUGGCAUUGUAAGCCCAGUUUUCAUAUGCCAGAUAUUAUAAACUAGCGACCCGCCCCGGCUUCGCACGGGUGCAAUGCUGAUGUAUUAUACAUAUAAACCUUCCUCUUGAAUCACUAUCUAUUAAAAAAAACCGCAUCAAAAUCCGUUGCGUAGUUUUAAAGAUCUAAGCAUACAUAGGGACAGACAGCAGGAAGCGACUUUGUUUUAUACUAUCUAGUGAUACAGCUUGAUUGUCUAAUCUACUACCCAAUUUGUACUAUGGGAAUGUUGCAUUCGGGAAAUUAGGUAUUAGCCUCCUAAGACCCCUCGUACAAAAUUUUGUACAUAUUCUACAAUCUAUUCUGAACUUUUCUUAACUAAGGGUUUCAAAAUUCAAAAACAAAACCACUAUGUCUGGGUCUUAGGAGGAAUUGGCCAGUUGCUCUGUCGUUUUAGUGUCUGGUAUAUGAGUUUCAAAACUUCAAACUCUGUUAAAUCCAUCUGUCAGAUAAUAGGGUAGAUAUUUGCUGAGAGGGUCAAAUGGAUUUUAGUGACACAUAAAACACAGAUUAGGUGUGCAAAAACCAACACGUUUGGUUGUCAUACCCUUGAGGACUUACGGUAUCUAGUUCAAUCUAUGGUCUGUGAUUAUAAUAAUAUCGUUAUGUAAAUAUCGAUUACAUUUAAAAAAAUAAACAUAAUUAGGAAGAACAAGUAAGAAAUGGGUAAAGAAGUGUAAAAAUACAAUGAAAUUAGUUGUAGAAACUAGUCAUUGGGAUAGAGGGCUCUGUAAUAAAAUUAAAAUGUCUAAAAUAGUGCAAAAAGUUGCCACAAAGACGGCUGAAGUAGACGGUGUAAUUUGGUUGUAAAAGCUAACGUUUGACAAUUCUAUUAUCACAAAAGUUGUGUACUUUACGCGUCUUAACCCUUUUUCCAGGCAUUAUACAAUUGACCACAUACGCACCAAUAGAAUUUCAACUUUAGCGAUUCCGAUUUAAGAUUCAAAUUAGAUUGCACUUUCGGGAAAUGUGAUUUGCCUUCCAAAUCAUCGAAGCUGAAUUAAUUGGAAUAAAUGUGCCAUUUUCAACCAAAAGGGUACUUAUUGUCGCUUGUCAGUAAGGCGCUAUUUCCAUAUAGCUUCAAUUAGAAAUCAACCUUAUCGACAAGCGACAAUGUGGUACCUUUUGGUUGAAAACGUCACAUAUUAGGAUUUUUUUGGGAAAACCUGAUCGGUGCGGCGUGGAAAAGGGUUAUACAUUAACAUUACUCUGUUUUUGACAAAACAAUGUCACCGAAAGAAAAUGUGGCUUUCCGCACAGAAGGGUCCUUAUGCUUCAAGUGCAAUAAGGUCCUUUUUAUCUGAAAUUCCAACAGAAAUUCUCAUAGAAAGAUAGACCCUUCUAUGCUGGAAAGCCACAAAAAGUAACUACUAUCCAAAGUAUUUUAUAUUAUUGAUUUGAUAGUCCAUGUUUGGAAGAACCCUUUUUUCUGAAUUAAUCUAAAGUACCUUUAUGUUUGAACAUACACAUUGAAGUUAAAUAUAAUAUUAAAUCAUUUUACGGUUUAGACUCACUUGUUUUAGUCACUCGCGCGACAUGUUUCGGAGAGCCUAGGUCUCCUUUCUCAAGCACUAAUAGUGCGAGCAGCGUUCACGACCGUAAAAUGAUUUAAUAUUAGUAUGUCUCACAACAGUUUAAAUUCGAUUAAAUAUAAUAAUCGAAAUUAAACUGUUGUGAGACAUACUAACAUUAAAUAAUUUCACGGUUUAGACUCACUUUUUAAAUAUAAUGUUUCUGAUUGUUUAAAGAGCCUUAGAGUUUUGUAAAAAUCGAUGCUGGACUGAAUUGUAAGAAAUAAGAUAGACCAAGGAUACAUUGUGUAGCCAGUGUCUAAAUCAUGUGACGUUUUCAAUCAAAAGGUACCACAUUGUCACUUAACAUAAGGACGAAAAUUGCUUUACGAAAAACCUGUCAGAGCGGCCUUAUGCCAAGCGGCAAUGUGGUACAUUUUGCUUGAAAACGACACAUAUUACGAUUAAGUACAUACCAUCCUCCACACGUGUCAAUGAGGUCGGCCGGUCGAAGUAUUUAGCAGAUGGCGCCAGCAUAGCUUGCUCUGUCUAUCCCUAGACAUGUGUAAAUUUUUGGUUUUUUUAUGGAACUUUAUGCCCUGAAUGCCAGCCCUUUUAGCCAAAUCUCAUAGGAAAACCGGCCAAGUGCGAGUCGGACUCGCGCACCGAGGGUUCCGUACUUUUUAGUAUUUGUUGUUAUAGCGGCAACAGAAAUACAUCAUCUGUGAAAAUUUCAACUGUCUAGCUAUCACGGCUGAUGUGAUACAGCCUGGUGACAGACGGACAGCGGAGUCUUAGUAAUAGGGUCCCGUUUUUACCCUUUGGGUACGGACCCUAAAAAGGGGCAAGUUAUUUUUUUUUUUUUUUUUAUUAAUUCAAAAAAUUUACACAGCAUUACAGCGAACGAAUACACUGAGAAAUUUAUAAUAGAAAGUAUUUAUACAACUAGGUACAUGAUACAGUCUAGAAAGGACAACAGAACAAAUGUAAGAAAAAAAAAACUAAUACAUAACAGAUGAUUCACGCUUAUCCAUCGCCUCACAGUACCUCAUACAUUCUUUACACAGAUCCAUCCAACUACUUGCAAAUAAAUCACAUUCCGGUGCUGAUGCGAGGAGCGCGUUGAUAUACUGUAGAGCGCGGACAAGUGGUGAUUUGCCAUGAGACAUAGUGCGCGUUUUAGGCACAGCUAAUAGGUGAGGACUUCGUGGUCGUAAAUUAAUUUGGGCCUUAGCUAUAGAUGGUACGAACAGGCGUACGAGCUGUGCAACCAGUUCAAGGCAGUCCGAGUUCCCCCGUAAGACAUAUCAUGGCGCCAUCUAUGCAAAACUUUGACAGUUGCCAACCCCAUUCCUAAUCCCUCUUAUCUUGUAACACAGACAUACGGUCCAACGCUGGUUAUUUGUGGCUUUCCUAAAAAGGUCCUUUCUAUCUGAAAUUCCAACAGGAAUUUUUAUAGUUUUUUUUUAUUGCACAUGAAAUAUAAGGACCCUUCUCUAGUGGAAAGCCACAUUUAAUAGUGUUCCUGUUGAUACCGAAAUUUUACAUCUGAAAGAAAAAUAUGUCGUUUUCAAGCAAGAAGUACCAUAUUGUCGCUUGCCAUAAGGAUGCUCUUACAGGUUUUUCGUAUAAAGAUACAAGCAAUUUUCGUCCUUAUGUUAAGCGACAAUGUGGUACCUUUUGAUUGAAAACGUCACAAAUAAUGCCAGAGGCGAUAUGUCAGAUCAUUAACAGAAUGUUGGUGAUAAUGAAUACACAUAAUUUAAUUAUAUAUACAAGUAUUUACAAAACUUGUAUUACUCGUGUAGGUUUUUUUUUUUGUAAAAUAUACCGUAAAAUUUUAUGAAACUUAUGUAUUUGACACUGGCCAUACAAUAAGUGUGUAUAAUGUAAGGAAUCACUAUAAGAAUAUUUAGAACGGAAACAAAUAUCGACAUUUUGGUAUUUAUAUUAAACCGCGUUGCCAACUUGUAUAUUUUUAUUUAAUUACUUGUAGAAGUGAAUAAAAAAACUAAUACGAUUUUUUUAGUACACUGAUAAUGAUAAAAUACUAAUAUACUUUAAUGGUACGUGGAUUUGACUUCGUAUUAGAUGCGGCAACGCGCAUGUUAUACCCACUUACAACCGCUCAUAGGCUACGGCCUCCUUACAAUUAGAGCCGUGUGCUUAUUUGCCACCAUAGAAGUCUUUAUUCACUUCUAUGUUAUACGCUGAUAUAUAGCUUAUGUUUGGUGUUUUUCAUAUUUUUAAGUCAAAUCUAGUUUAGUAAUAAAAAACUAAAAAGCACAGUUUUCUUUUUGUUUUUUUUUUUUACUUGAAAAGAGGAAAGUAGCAUUUCUAAAUUCACGAAACUAAUACAUAGUUAUGCUUAUCUAUUUUUAUUACUAAACUUGAUUAUAAUAACAUAUGUUCACACGAAACUUUUGUUUCUCUUUUACUCUUAAUAAGUAGAGAGAGACGAGAAUCAUUUGAAAUAAAUUAAGAAUACGGUUUUGUACACUUAAUAGUUUGGGGUUUAGAUUUGACAAAAAACAUUAAAUUGGGGUAAAAACUUAUUGUAGUCAGUCAAAGCUAACGUCAAAUUCCUAUGAAAAUAUGACUAGGAACUGCCACACUUUGUUACUGUUUGGUGCAGAGUUAGCUUAGACGGACAUGGUCUUGGAUUUUUUUAGUCAAAUCUUAAGUCCAAAAAGCUUUUAUUAACCCAUGUCAUAUUUGAAUGUACAUUGCCGGAUAUAGUUUCAUUAUUUACCUAUCUAAGAUAAUUAUAGAAUUUUACCAAGUAAUUUUUAAUCAGAUCGGUUCCGCCGGUAAAUUAUGUGUAAGGCUUGUAACAUGCCGCAUUGUGGCAUGCCACAAACAUAUAUAUGUAUGCUUUCGCCAGAAAGCACCAUAUUAUUAGCUUAAAAGUGAUUUAAUCGCGUAUAAACGAAUUUACUUUCUACGCCAAGAAUGACUGGUUAAGGUAGACACGAAAAUCUUUAACUGGCAACUUUUUCGAUGGCCACUUGAUUUUUUUUUUCAUACUUCAGUCCCCGGCAAGCUCGGCCGAAUUUCACCUUCCCAUACAAACGGAGUUUCGUUCUCAUUUUAAAACUACGAGUUGGAUUGUAAUGAAACUUUGCACAUACAAUGACAUGAGGUGUAUCUAGUAAUUAGUUUAUAUAGCUCCAGUUUAUAAAACAAACGAAAUAGAGCAACGAGUUUUGUAUAAAAAAACUUAUAUUCGCUGUAUUUUUUUAACUAUGGUAUCUGAAGCUACAUAAACUAAUUACGGACAUAGAUAUACCUUAUCCUAUUGUAAGUACAAAGUUUCAGAGCAAUCUAGCUAGUCGUUUUAAAAUGAGAGCGUAACUACGUUUGUAUGGAGAACCGAGGUUGCCGGGCUCUUAAAUACUAGGGUUUUAACUGUUACAACACACCACGAUAAUUGUUUAUAUGUAUAGAAUAUUUCAAGUAUACGCUAUUAAGUUUAUUUUUGAUAUGAUAAUGUGUAACUGUCGCAUACGUCUGCCGCAUGCCACAAUGCGACACGAACAAGCCACUAAAAUUCGUUGCGACGAAUGCUGUUUUAUUAUUGUAUAUUAUUAGUUUAUGUAUUGAAGCACUCGUAUGUAAAUGUAGUUGCUUUUUCUUAAUUAUAGAAUCGAGGAAUAUGUACUGUUAAAUGGUUUUACUAUGAAA